UUGGCUAAAUAGUGUUUUAAUUUUAUUUAGACUGUAAUUUAAGUGCCUAAUAAUAAUGGGAAAGAAAUACUAUUGUGAUUACUGUGACAAAACUAUGGUCGCCACGCCGGCGCUUGUAAAAACACACAACAAGGGUGUAGUUCAUCAGAAAAUUGUAAACGAACAUUAUCAACAAUUUAAAGAUCCGGAGACAAUAUUAAAAGAGGAGAGCGCGAAGAAGCCCUGCAGCAGGCACAUGCGGGGUGAAUGCCAGUUUGGAAGUAUCUGCCGUUUCUCUCACUAUACCAAGGAACAACUGUACGAGCUGCAGCAACUCGUGUCAGCAAAAAAGAAAUUGGAAAGCACACAUCCGUCAUUCCAAGAUAUCUAUCAAAAGUUCCAAGAUGAGAAAUCAAAGAGCACAGAAUCAAAUAUACUAAUAGAUCCGAACGGCGUAUCGCACGUUCUGCCGUGGUCGUACCAUGAGAUGACAGAAAAUGAGAAUAUGUUGCCACCGAGUCUCAGAAGGUUGAAAGCAGAAGACUUUCUCGAAAGUAACAAUGAAGAAUGGGGUUAGAAGAAGCGCCACAUUCCUGCAUCGCGCUAUCGAAGUUUUCUAAGCG